CAUGAAUGGACGAAACCAUGUAUUUAAUGUAUGAAUGAAAAAUAGGGUAUUCCCAUCAUUGGUUUUAAAAUAGCUUAUAACCUCUUUUGCAUUUUUCAGUCCUUGGAUUGGGCCUGAAUCUGACACACGCGCACGUAACAAACUGUUAGCAGUCUUUUAAUGCUCCAUCUUUUAUGAAGAGUUUAGCGUUCAGCCCUCGUUGUUUUCUCUUUGGUUCUCCCCGUGGGCUAAAUGGUUUGUUCCAGCGGCGCCUGCCUUAUAGUGACAGUACAACGCUGGAAUUUCUAUUUACAAUUGUGCGGAGGGGAAUCACCUCCUGAAGUCGGGCAGGCUGGUUACAGCAAACCUUCAUGGAUCUGUAAGUGUAUUCUAGCAGCUGGAUUCUAAAAUCGCAAGGGGCAUUCACAUCGUCCGUAAUUCGGAAGAUGCCGGAGCAAAGUAAUGAUUACAGAGUGGUGGUGUUCGGAGCUGCGGGAGUGGGAAAAAGCUCCUUGGUGCUGCGGUUCGUCAGGGGCACAUUUCGAGAGACCUACAUCCCAACGAUAGAAGAUACCUACAGACAGGUGAUCAGCUGUGACAAGAACAUCUGCACCCUUCAAAUCACUGACACAACGGGAAGCCAUCAGUUUCCUGCAAUGCAGAGACUAUCCAUUUCCAAGGGCCAUGCCUUCAUUUUGGUCUACUCGGUUACCAGCAAGCAGUCACUGGAGGAGCUCCAGCCUAUCUAUGAGCAAGUGUGCCAAAUCAAAGGGGACAUACAGAAUAUUCCCAUUAUGUUAGUGGGAAACAAAAGUGACGAGACUCAAAGGGAGGUGGAAGCCAGUGAAGGAGAACGUUUGGCCAACAAGUGGAAAUGCUCUUUUAUGGAGACUUCUGCCAAGAUGAACUACAAUGUCCAGGAACUCUUUCAAGAGCUGCUGAAUCUGGAAAAGAGGAGGACAGUGAGUCUUCAAGUGGAUGGCAAGAAAAACAAGCAGAUGAAGAAGAAGGACAAACUGAAAGGCAAAUGUGUUCUCAUGUAAGCCACAGCAGUGAAUCCACCAAGUGUAUCAUCUUGAACUGUGAACUAAAUAGAAAAUGUGUCGCUUUUUCUUGUUGAGUCUGUCAUGAGCCCUAAUGGACUUUUUUUCUGAACAGCUGCUGUUUUAAAAUUAGGAGGAAAUUAUUUUAAUGUUCAAUGUUUCUGUAUGCUUUUGCUGGUAAAUUGGAUAAAGUUUCAAACACUCUUAAUAUUAGAGUGGGCUAUUUUUAAAUAUUUUCUUCAUUUUAAGCCAAAGAUAUAUUUUAGUUAUUUAAACAAUUUGGCAUUUGCAACUCUGCAUGACAAACAACUUGUUGCAAACUUAACAGUUGCAUACAUCUAUUAUAUAUGUAUGACUUUAAAACUUUUUAAAAAGCAAAUAUAUGACAAAUUGGUGAAACAUUCCCAUGAAAUUAAAGUUAUAAAAUGGAAACUGAAAUGCACUUUCAAAUAACUAUGUCCUCUGCUUAAAAUAUUAAUGACUCCAGUUUGUCAAGCUUUAUAUCUUUUAUCUUUUUUUAAAUUCAAAAUUAUAAGAACCUUUAUGCUGCCACAUGAAAUAGGGUUAACAAUCUGACUGCAACCCUGAGUCUGUUGUUUUAAUAUCUUUGGAGGCUCAUCUCAUUUUUCAAAUGCACAGUAUAUUAACGUAAUCGAAUCUUGUAACAUACAUUAUUUCAUAAGCCCACAAGCACUUUUUGGCAUGCUUUAAAAAUGUAACUGAAUGCAAGUAACUAUUUCACUGAAAAGUCCACCACACCAAAUUGUCAUUGUGAAAUUAACACUGCUAUAAUGUAUAUAGCUCUGCUGGAGCCCUACAGCCCCUUGGAAGUGUCCAUGAAACAGUAGUAGAGCUAAAUUUGAUGUGAGUAAUUUAGGCAUGAGCCCCACCAAGUACAUUCGUGACAUUCUUAAGCAUUUUAAAGUCCAAAUCCUUGAAGCUCUUGCUUCAAUUUCUGUGAGAUAUAUCACUAAAUGCAUGCUGCACACAUUCAGCUUGUUAUAGAGGAAUUCAGUUUGCUAUCAAAUGCACAUUUGCAUGCAUUGUACCCAACUAAAGAAAAAUAAAGAUGAAAUUUUAUCCUGUAUUUAAAAGUUGUUGUGUUGAAUCUUACAAGUCUUGAAUAAAAACAUCUGCAUGCAGAGUGUGGUGGAGAAACCAAUCCCAUUUUACAUGUUGCAUUG